GGCAGUCUCCUCCUCAGUAGUCAGUCCCGACAGCAAAAGAGAAGAAGAGCACUCACUGACUCACCCAGGCCAAGAACUCGAACAAACAUGUCAGAGACGCCCGCCGUGCGUGUGAUCGGCCUGUGGUCGAGCCCGUUCGUGAUCCGCGUCCUGAUCGCGCUGAAGCUGAAGGGCGUCGAGUACGAGUUCGUGGAGGAGGUGGUGGGCAAGAAGAGCGAGCUGCUGCUCAAGUCCAACCCGGUGCACAAGAAGAUCCCCGUCCUGCUCCACCACGGCAAGCCCAUCUCCGAGUCUCUGGUCAUCGUCCAGUACAUCGACGAGGUCUGGUCCUCCGACGGGCCUGCCAUCCUCCCUGCCGACCGGUACGCCCGCGCCGUCGAACGGUUCUGGGCACAGUACAUCGAUGGCGUGUUCCCUCCGGCUAUCCUUACACUCAAGGGAACGGAUGACGGAGACAAGGACGAAGCGGCGGGGAAGCUGUCCGCCGCCCUGCAGCUUCUGGAGGAGGCGUUCGUGAAGCUCAGCCACGGGAAGCACUACUUCGGCGGCGACAGCGUCGGGUACCUGGACAUUGCGCUGGGAUCGUACGUCGGCUUGGUGAAGGCGGUGGAGAAGAUCGCCGGUGUCAGUCUCCUGGACGAGGCGAAGGUUCCGAACCUGGCUGUAUGGGCCGAUCGGCUCUGCGCCCACCCGGCCGUGGUGGACGCGAUCCCUGACGCGGACAAGUUCGUGGAGUUCAGCGUGAAGUAUGGGUCAUUUUCGAAGCCUAUCAAUGCUCCCAAGUGAACGAAGUGCUCGGCUUCCAUAUCGGUGUGUGUAGUCAUUCAGAUAUUGAUGUAUGGUGUCAAAUUGAGUCGUAGCAUGUUGAACGUACUUAUAGUCUUCAAAGGGAAAUCACUAACUCGCCUGUGGUGAUCAUCUCUUUUAAGUUUGGGAAAUAAAUGACACCAAUUUUAAGUGUAUCGUUAAAAAAGAAAA